AUGGGCUAAUCUCCAGUUUAAUAUGAGACAAGGACGAAGCGAUUCUCUGAAUACUGUGAGUAGGUCAAUGAACUUAUCAAGAAGAGUGUUACAUCUGUAGCCUAAAUAAUUGAUAGAGAUCAUACACCGAAUGGUACUCGAAGAAUGAAUCAGCACAGAAAGAGUAAAAGUAGAGCAGAUAUUAACGAAGAAUCAAAUUAAACUAACAAAAAUAAUUAUGAUGAUUAAGAGCAAGCUUCAUUAUUAAAGACUUCUUUGCUGGCUAAUAUUAACAAGAAGUAAAUUGGAAAUAGAGUCGAACUUCAAUAGAUAUCUAGGAUGUACAAUGAGAGUUCCCCUUUAAAAGAGGCUGGCUCCUUAACUUAAAUUUCCUUUGAUUCUGAUUAGUAACCUAGGGAGAAUAGCAUAUCUUUGAUCAACAACAUGUCUACACCCAGGAAAGAGGGCUUAAUGUCAAAUAAUUAUAGUAGUUAAAAUAAAAAGCAAAAGAUUAGUCCUCAAUCGAUACUCUAGAAUUAAUCGGAUCAAGAGAUUUCCAAUUUGGAAUAACCAUAGACAAUGCUGACUGUACCCAAAGGCAUAGAAAGUGCAAAUACUACUCCAACUCAGUAAAAUAAGAGUAACAGUAAAACCUUCGGAUUGUGGAACAUUAAUGCAAAGCUCAUCAAUAAGUAAUAUCAAGAUCCUGUCCCAUUAAUCGCAUUACAAGAGAAGCAAUCUUCUUUACAGGCGAAAAGAAUUUGUAAAUUGCAGGAGUUACUCCAAGCUAUCAUUAAGGGUUAGAAAGUAAGAUAGAUUAUGAAAAAGGAGGAUGUGAAUCGGCUAAGAAAUGAACUGAGAGAUCUAGAGAAGUUACAAAAGCAUAAUAAUGCUAGCUAGAAAAAUACUUAUGCAACAAGAGUUUACAAGGAAAAGAAAUAGCUUUUUGUAGUACUUGUCAAUGAGAAGAUUAAUGGCACCUCAUCACCCUUAAGAAGAAAGACCAGUUUAUUUAGGAAAACCUAUGUGCCGGUUGACACAGAAAUUAUAGGGGACAAGGACUCUUAGAAAAGCUUAGAAGACUUAGACUUUGAUAAUAUUAAUGAGGACUUCAAUAAGGUCAUUUUAGUUAAAAGCAUUGAAAAGAAUGGAAUGAAUUAUAACACUGAGAAAGCUACGAAGGCCAAGAAAAAUGCUUUGCCAGUCUAUCCCAAGAAACUUGACUUGCACUAGUUUGAUUUGAAGAUGGUAGACCCCCUUGAUGAGCAUUACGAGAUCACAGAUGAGAAUGAUACGCAGAGAUCUAUACCGAUAGUUUCAUCGCUUAGCUAAUAAAAUUAAAUCAAGAUAAAGGAGGAAUAAUGGGAGGAUUAGAUGUUAACCAGGCUUAAAAGUAAGUCAACAUAUGAGCCUAUUGAUGAAGAACUAAUCAACACUAAUGUAAACAAAGCUAGAAGCAAUAUCAGAGCAUAAAGUCCUAAUAAUAUCAAUUAAGCUCCAUCAUUAGUGAAUAGGUGCAAAGACAAGUAUCAAAAUAUCAAGCACAAAAAUUUCCUAAAGAAGAGAACUGGGCAUGAGUAUGACCCGCUAAAAGCAGCAAACAGUGAUGAAAAAAUAAGACCUAAUAGUUAGACUCGGUUGAUAAGACCAAAGUCUUAACAAAAAGAGCCAAAUUCUAGGAACAAAAAUCCAGAAAAGGGGGCAGCUUUAAAUCACAAUAAUCUUGAGAAAUUUCAAUCUAUUAACAUCUCUAAAAUAGAUUAAUCUAAGCAGCUUAGCUCUAUUAACAAACCUUUAGUAAACUAGCAAGCCCAAAAAGUAUAGUAAAAAUAGUAAACUCAAGAAAUUUCAAAUUUAUAGCAUACUAAACUUUUAAAAUAAGAAGGAGACGAAAUAUUUAAAAAUUCAAUAACAGACCCAAAAACAACAGAAUCUACAAAUUAAUUUUCUCCUAUCAAGAAAAGCUAAUAGCCUAAACGGAAAAGUAAUGAGUUUAUGAUGAAGACUUAACAGUUAAGUCCGCAGAAGGCUUAACCUUAAGCUCACAAUAGUAACUAAAAGCUCGUCUUUAAUUUGAAUUUGGAAUAAUUAAAACCUAAAUAACAGAGCGGAGGAGAUAGAGAGAUACCGGUUAUUAAGAAAUAGCAAUCAUCCAAUACUCAUGAAGAGUAUAAAACCAUGAGUAAACCGCAGUUGCAGCAUACUCAAUCAGUCAAUACAAGUGGAUACGUCGACUUGGCUUUAAAUGAUAGCUAAGCAGCUGGUUUAGGAGUAAGUGUGACUGAGUUGCCAGAAAUAGUGAAAGAAAAAUUUGAACGACUGAAGGAUCUGUUCUUGAAGACACAAAAUCAAGAGACAAUAGUUACAAAAGACUAGGUUCAGCUCUAGAAUAAAUUUGAAAGGAUUAUUGACGAACUCACAAGAGAUUUCAAGAUUUGUCUCAAGAAAAAACAAGGGAGAUGA